GGUCACGUGACUGUGACUGGGGGCGGAGCCAGGAAGGGCUGGACAGGUGAGGGCUCAGGCUGUGACUAUGCUGGUUAUCUGUAUCUGCCGUCUGCAUCUAUAAACUGAGCCGGCUACUGGCAGCACCUGUUUACCUGUGACUAAGUCUGUGUGCUCACAUCUCCUAGGAUGGCAACGCCAACUGCCAAUGUCACAACCAAUACAGAUGAACCAAAACUGUCGCAAUCUGCACUCCUAGCAGCCAUCAUCGUCCCGUCUGUGGUGGGAGGAUUAAUUAUCAUUGGAAUACUGAUCUUCAUUUUCAUCAAAGUGCGUGAGUUACGUCGAACAGAGGGAACCUACAGACCUAGCCAAGAGGAACAAGUAGGAUCGCGGGUGGAGCCCAACAGUACUCUAAAAUUACCCCCCGAGGAAAGGCUCAUCUAAAGUGGUCAGAUCCAUACACUACUCUGCUGAAAAGAGACUUCUAAAAAGUGUGUAGUCCCUCUCCUCUACCACAAAGAGACUUGUAUAGUUAGGAGAGAGUGUUACAAUUAAACCACUUUCAGUAGUGUUGAUUUGAACUGAAGUGGUGCAUGUGAGGUUGAACUGUAACCUUUACAGAAGCAUACUACUGAUCAGGAAAAAAAAUGAUCUUCCACCUCAAGAGAGGUCCAAGAAUUUCUGCUAUGGCCACUUGUGUGUCCACAUAGUGACUGCCCAACACUCAGUAUUACUUCCGAGACAUAAUGCCCUUUCUGUAAGGAAUGGGAACUUAAAAACAAAUCUUUAUUUCAUAAUAUCACCUCCUCCUGCUUCACACAUCCCAUAACCACAUCCAUCCUUACAUCCCCCUGUCAUCUUACUCUUAUCUGGGUGUUUUGUAUAGUUUGAGUGGGACCAAUUACCAGUGUUAGAUAGAAAGAGGUCAGAGGUGAUUACACCAGUUGGAGAUCAAACUGUUUAAUCAUGAAGAGGGUGACUUUCAGCUCGUGACAGACCUUGCAUUAUCUUUUUUUGUAAUAACUGUAGAUAGAAAUAUCAAUUUAUAAAAUGUAUUUACCGCAGUGGAAAUGAAAAUAUGUAUAUAAAGAUAUUUUAUAAAUAUGUGUAGACCUAUAUACACUCAUGUGUAGAAACCACUCUUAAAGGAAACUGAUCACCUUAAAUUUAAGAUUUGUGAAUGUUUGUAUGUUUUGGUCAGAAGAAAUGCAAGAAGUAAGAUUGGGCCUGUAUAUAGCAAUGCAAGGGACAUCUGCAUAAAUCGCACACUUUGAGCAUGAAUGGAGCAGAUGUGGCUUUUGAUGUUCUGGCCCUCAUAAUGAAUGUUUGGACGGUGUCUGGUACGUUUGAUUAACACACCCAAAGUGAGUGAUGGCUUACUCUGGUAGUUAAUGUGUUGUGUAAACUACAUUUGCCAUGUAGUUUAGACAGUCGAAGGGGAGGCAUAUCUUAAUGGGAAGUGUAGGUCAAAAGGCUGUUAGUCCUCAUCACUCCCUUAAACAAUAUGAGAAGAGCAUUUGGGGUGCUAAGGUAUAUAGGACAUCUGAGAAUUAGAGGCGGUCUACCACUCCCUUAAAUCCUAUCCAGUGAAUAUAAUGGGAAGUGUAGGUCACAGGCCAUUUUAAAUAGGUUUUACCAUCACUGGUCUCUCCAAAGAAUGGCUCAACUGCUUUCAUCUAAACCAAUCAGUGCUUGCUCAGUUGAGAAAUUGAGAUGGACAGGUAUGCAAAACUUAAAUUCUUUAUUGUAAUUGUUCAUAAUUGAUAUGUAUUUUUUGUAUAGUACAUUCUGUCUUAAUCCUGCUAAUCCCCCGAGUCUCAGAGUGGGCCGCUCUAACAUGCUGGGCAAACGCUUUCAAAAAUGUCAGUACUGUGUACCCAGGGCCCUAUCCAGAUGAAGUUUCAAUGCAUGUCCAGUGCCUGACCGUGUGUGUACAUUUCUGCCACACCAAAAGUGCCUUAUUGCUUUGUGCUGGGUAUUUUCUGGAUAAGAAGUUCACCGUGGAACUGAAGAGUGUUUCUGCCAAAUAAGACCAUCUAUGUUUCACUCUGUGUGGGGCGAAUUGUAAAAAAUAAAUAAAAGUUUUGUACUGAUCACAGGUUUUAAAUAUUCUACGUGUAAAAACAAUAAAAUUAUUUUUUAUCAUA